UUCCUGCCGAGGGAACAGCUGUCAGGCUAUAGACGGUGAUGAAAUCAUCCCUGGGGGGUUUUAUUGUUCAGCAGAUAAUCAACACAUAAAAAAUAAGCUGUUAGAUCAUAAUUGGGAUUUUGUUGUAGCCUGCGUAGCAUUAGCGUUUCUGUGGAGUUUCGAGCAAACUAUUCCUGCUGAAACUCCAUGCACAGAAACGCUUGCUACGCAGGCUUAUUUUGUUGGGGUCGCUGGGGUUGGGGUUCCUUGGGGGUAUUUCUGUUAUUUCUACGUUUCCUUCUACGUGGCAACUAUGGGUGGUGAUAAGUGGGCACUUUGUUUUAACGCAGUUUAUACCUUGUUAAUAAUAAAUGGCUUAAACGUUUGUUAAGUAAGAGAACUUGACUAAGAACUUGGUAAGAUGCUGCUUCGCGAUUUACUGCCUCUUAUUUUCGUGUUGGUUCUUUCACGAUUUAACAGAGCUGAGGUAUUAUACAGUGAUUGCAGGAGAGAAGGAAUCUUUGUACGAAAAAAAGAUCAUGCUCUGAUUGGCUUCGUCCUAGAAACGCGUAGUGUGACGUCAUCACUAGACUGCGCAGAUCUAUGUCUCGCGCGUGCGCAGUGCGUGUCAUACAACCACGGGACUCCAGGGGGUAUCCCUAAGUGUGAGCUGAAUAGCGAAUCCGCAAUAAGCAAACCCGCAGACCUCAGGCUAAGCCCAGCAAUGAACCACUAUGGCACAGAGCAAAUUUGUCUGAAUGGGGGAAUUGUGGAUCACGCGUGCGUUGAGAAUGAGUUGCGCUGCAUUUGCUUGCCGGAGUGGACUGGGAGCGACUGCGGUCUGGCCAGGCUAGGCUACAUAGAGUCACGCCCAGGAUCAUCGUGUAGUCACAUCAAGUCCGAGGGUGACUCGCGAGGAGACACGAGCUACUGGAUCCAGCCUCCCGGCGCAAGUUCACCAUUCUCCGUGUUCUGCCAUAUGUCUCUCGUAGGGACAGGAUGGAUGAAGGUUCCGAAGGCCUGGUUGCACAGUACCGUGAAAGGCGGCGUUCAAAUAACAACAAGUGAGAGUAAUGGCGGGCUGUCGAUCGCGGGCUCUGUCACGUCGUAUGGCUGCGGGAACCCUGGCUCGGGCGCGGUGGCCUUUAUCAAGGACUACUGGACCAAGAUUCGCUACACUCAAGAGUUCUAUGGAAUUGUGUCUUGCUGGAGAAUCUUUGCUGACAAUCAUUACAAUUCAAACCACGGAGGCGUCGCGGGAAUUACUAACGUUGGUGUAUUCCCAUACAAUGCUACGGAAGGAGAUACCAUUGCCAAUCAGUUGUACAUGGCUGGGUCUCAUGGACACAUCUUCAAAGGAGAUAAUACAGUAUGCACUAAUAACGCCGGCAACAUGUGGAGAGAUAGCGUAUCUGGGGGGACUCGUCGAGCUACUAUCACCUUGAGGCGUGACCCGACCGUACCCCUGGCUGGUAUACUCGCAGCCGGGACAUCCUGCGGAACGCCAUCCUACCUUAUUAGGGAUAUCUAUGUCUAUUUUUAGUUUACAUUAUUAGGGAUAACUAUGUCUAUUUCUAGUUUACCUAAUUAGGGAGAUCUUUGUCUAUUUUUAGUUUACUUUUUUAGGUUUUAUCUACCUCUAGGGCCCCUUACCUUGUAGUUAGAGAAGGGUAACCCUACCUCUAGGGCCCCUUACCUUGUAGUUAGAGAAGGGUAACCCUACCCAUAGGGCCUCCUUACCUUGUAGAUAAAGAAGGGUAACCAUACCCCUAGUGCCUUGUUACCUUGUAGAUAGAGAAGGGUAAACCCACCCCUAGGGCCUUCUUACUUUGUAGAUAAAGAAGAGUAAUCCUACCACUAGGGCCUUCUUACUUUGUAGAUAGAGAAGGUAACUCCACCUCUAGGGCCUCCUUACCUGGUAGAUAAAGAAGGGUAACCCUACCCCUAGGGCCUUCUUACCUUGUAGAAAAAGAAGGGUAACCCUACCCAUAGGGCCUCCUUACCUUGUAGAUAGAGAAGGGUAACCCUACCCCUAGGGCCUCCUUACCUUGUAGAUAAAGAAGGGUAGCCCUACCCAUAGGGCCUCCUUACCUUGUAGAUAAAGAAGGGUAACCCUACCCGUAGUGCCUUGUUACCUUGUAGAUAGAGAAGGGUAAACCCACCCCUAGGGCCUUCUUACUUUGUAGAUAAAGAAGAGUAAUCCUACCACUAGGGCCUUCUUACUUUGUAGAUAAAGAAGGGUAACCCUACCCCUAGGGCCUCCUUACCUUGUAGAAAAAGAAGGGUAACCCUACCCAUAGGGCCUCCUUACCUUGUAGAUAGAGAAGGGUAACCCUACCCCUAGGGCCUCCUUACCUUGUAGAUAAAGAAGGGUAACCCUACCCAUAGGGCCUCCUUACCUUGUAGAUAGAGAAGGGUAACCCUACCCCUAGGGCCUCCUUACCUUGUAGAUAAAGAAGGGUAACCCUACCCAUAGGGCCUCCUUACCUUGUAGAUAAAGAAGGGUAACCCUACCCCAAGGCCCCCCUUACCUUGUAGAUAAAGAAGGGUAACCCUGCCCCUAGAGCCUCAUUACCUUGUAGACAAAGAAGGGUAACCCUACCCCAAGGGCCCCUUCCUUGUAGUUAGAGAAGGGUAACCCUACCCAUAGGGCCCCCCUUACCUUGUAGUUAGAGAAGGGUAACCCUACCCCAAGGGCCUCCUUACCUUGUCGUUAGAGAAGGGUAACCCUACCCAUAGGGCCUCCUUACCUUGUACUUAGAGAAGGGUAACUCUACCCAUAGGGCCUCCUUACCUUGUAGAUAGAGAAGGGUAACCCUACCCCUAGGGCCCCCUUACCUUGUAGUUAGAGAAGGGUAACCCUUCCCAUAGGGACGUCUUACCUUGUGGAUAGAGAAGGGUAACCCCAGAGGCGUAGCCAGAAUUGUUAACAGGAGGGGGCUAAAAAGGCUGUAUUAUAGAUUGUUUCUCCUCAUACAUUUACUGAAUUUUUGGCUGCUAAAGUGGGGGCUAGGGCCCCCUGGGCCACCUCUCUGGCUACGCCCCUGAACCCUACCACGAGGGCCUCCUUACCUUGUAGAUAGAGAUAGAUUGUAGAUAGAGAAGGGUAACCUUAUUCUUACCUCUACAAAGCAAACAGAGCCAUGAAAUGCUGUAGAGGAGGAGGGGCAAGGUACAACUAGGGUUGCUCUACAUACCUGGCAAUGCCCGUGAGUCAGAGAUGAAAAGGUGCCAAAUAAAAUAAUUAAAUUGAAAUGUGAAUAUCCAUGAAAUACAAUAAGAGAAAGCGCUGAGCAAAUAAAGCUUGAAUCACUUUGAAAUGAAUGGUUGAUAGGACUAUUAGUUUUUUGCUCAGCAAUCUAUUUCUUCGGCUGCAAAAGUAUUACCGGAACAGAAACACAAUUCAUGUGACCCAUAGUAGUCAUGGGCAAAUAAAUGUUAUAAAUCAAAUUGGCCUGGGAUUUUUUCCUGUUUCCUGUUUAUCAAGCCAACGAAGGGCAGUUUUCCUUUCUGACAGGGAUGGGAAGGAAGAAAUAUAGUUUGAAAAAAAAUCAUUAUGCUCACACAAUACUCAGGCUUAUAGCAGUAAAAUAAUGUUAGGCAAUUAGUUAUGGCAACUACUGUAGUUUGUUUGUUCAACUUUGACUUCUCUGUAUUACUUAAAGGUGUUCGGACAAGGGCUCUUAAAUGUCAGCAACAAUGUCUUAAAACUACAUAUAACAAAUUAGCAGAGCAAAGGUUUUUUAGAUUAUUAUUAUUAGAUUAAGAUUAACAUAAAAACUGAUUUGCUUUCAUCUGUGAUUGAAGCCUACUGCACUGAAUUAUUAUUGUCAUGACAACUGCUUCAGCUAGGCUUAUAGCAGGGGGAGAGGGAAGGCUUUCCUGAAGGGUCAACCCGAAGGAAAGAUAAAUUGACUAGCACUGGUGACUAAAUUGAUUGCACCAUGGUAUUGAUUUCAGCGUAUGAGAUGACUCUAGAGGAGGGGCUGAAGGUGGAAAAGAGGAUGUUCCAUACCACAUUUGCUCUUG